AUUUUAUAAAUAUUUAUUUGAUUUAUUAUAUACACUGAUAUGUGUAACAGAAUCAUUAUUAAUUACAAUAACAAUGGGUGAACGUCUCUAUCAAUUGAAAUUAAAAUUAAUAUCACUAAUUGAAUAUCAAUUAAAAUCUUUUAAAAAUGAAUUACAAUUAGAUAUAAGACAAUUUAAUUUAAAUUUAUUUGAAAUGAAAUAUAUGACAAUUACAAUACCAUCACUAAAAUUAUUAGGAAUGAUGGAAAAAUAUGAUGAUGAAACAACAAACGCUAAUAUUAUAUUACAAAAAAAUUUAAAUUUAAAAGCAGAAAGAGGACAAUGUGUAUUAAUUACAGGUUCAACCGGUUGUGGUAAAACAUCAUUAUUUCGUAUAUGUGCUGGGCUAUGGCCAUGUUAUUAUCAUACUACACCAUCAUUAUUACAAUUACCAGAACGUCAUUCUAUAAUAUUUGUACCACAACGUCCCUAUCUACCAGAAGGUACAUUACGUUUUCAAACAACAUUUCUAUUAGAAAGAUAUUAUAACUCUAUGUCGAAUGGUCCUACUCGCAACAAUGAUAGCAUUAGACAAAGAAAAGGGUUAAGGUAUAAUGAAAUUGAACAAUUAUUUAAAUUAGUUAAUAUGGGUUAUUUGUUAAAAAGAUAUGAUCUAGAUAUAAUCUAUGAUUGGCCCAGUCUAUUAUCAAUUGGUGAACAACAACGUAUAUCAUUUAUACGUUUAUUUGCUCUAUUUACGUAUUAUACGCCACCAUCAUCUCAAUUACAUUUAAAAUAUUUAAUCAUGUUUGAUGAAUCAACAUCAGCUAUAGAUAUUGAAACAGAAAAAAUUAUUUAUUGUUAUAUGAAAGAAAAAUUAAAACUAUGGUUUAUAACAAUUAGUCAUAGACAACAAGCACUAAUAAAAUAUCAUGAUAUUGAAUUUAAAUUAUAUACAAGCAAACAACAAGAACAGCAAAAUGAAAUAGCAGAAGUAGAAUUAUCAUCAGUGAUAUUUCCAGAUAGUAGUACUAGAUCUGCGUGUAAUGAUGAUAAACGACGAUCUAUAGUGGAAGAAAAUCAAUAUCCAGUAACAGCGAAGUCAAUAGCUGCAUUAAAUACAUGUCCAUCAUCAUCAUCACCACUAUCAUCUACUUCCUCGACCGUCGCCGCCUCUCCACCUCGUUUUACGAAUUCUAAUAAUAUCAUCGAUAUCUAUACCGAUAAAUUAAAUUCAUCACCACAAUGCUCAUCCUUUAUCCUAUUUAAAAUUUGGACUAUUAUACAUUUACCAUACAUCAACGACAGUAGUCAACAUCAUCGUUGUCAUCAUUUACGUAUUCAAACCUAUUUAGCAUGGCUUUGUACAUUAACCGCUAAUGGAUGUUAUACAUAUUUAUCCUAUAGAUUAGUAUCACAAUUAGGCUAUGUUUUUAGUGUAUUAAAUGAAUAUUCAGCUACAACCGUUACCCUGCAAACAUCUAAAGAAUGUAUUCGUAAUGAAGCAUUAUCAUUAACGUUACAUACAAUAGGAAUCAUAAUUUUGUAUAGGUAA